AUGGAGGGGCUCAGCGUGGGCAGUGUCCUGCUGACCGGCUGUGAUGGGGGGCUGGGCCUGGGGCUACUGAAGGGGUUGCUGGAGCAGCCCAACCCACCUCGGAACAUCUUCGCUGCUUGCUUGGACCCCCAGGGCAAGGCUGUCAAUGAGGUGGCUUUGGGCUUUCCCAACGUCAUGAUCCUGCCUCUAGAUGUGACAGACCCCAACAGCAUCAAAGCAGCAGUCAGGAAGGUGCAGGAGGAGUUGGGAAGUGCUGGUCUCAACCUCCUGAUCAACAACACCAGCACCACACGCCGCAGCACCUUGGCCACCGAAACAGCAGAGAACAUGAGCCUCGUCUACACCACCAACACCAUCGGGCCCCUGCAGACAAGCCAGGCCUUCCUGCCCCUGUUGAAGAAGGCAGCUGAGGCCGAAGGGCAGCGUGAGAUAAGCUGCAGCAGAGCUGCCAUCAUCAACAUCUCCAGCAUCCUGGGCUCCAUCGAGAUUGCAGAGGCUUGGGAGGAGAGGCAGGACAUCUGCUACCGCUGCAGCAAGGCUGCUCUGAACAUGCUCACCAAGUGUCUGGCCCUGGAGUAUGGGAGCAGCGGAAUUCUCUGCGUGUCUGUGGAUCCUGGACAUGUGACACCUCCCUUGGAACAGGGGAUGGGCCCGGUGACGUUGGAGGAGAGUGUGCGGGGUGUCCUACAGCUGCUGACCCAGCUCUCAGCCACCAGCAAUGGCACCUUCUGGGACUGGAGAGGGCAGAGGCUGCCCUGGAAUCAUCACCAGGCACGAAGGGAGGAAGAAAAGGAGGAGGAGAAGGAAGACAUUCCUCCACUCAUGCUGCAGUGGACUCUGAGCCUAAGCCACAAAUACACCAAUUAA